AUGUUUCAGUUACUAUACCUUUUAUCAGUAUUCUACUCGGCUCCAGUCGUUCAAAGUCGAGGUAAACUUCCCUCAAAUUUCAAAGAACUUUAAAACAUUCUAGCCGCUUAUUUACGAGACCGGCCGCGAGGUUUAGGCCUUUUACAGCUUCCCACAGGGACCGCUGAUGAAAGAACGGCUCCAUUCUUGCCAGGACUUUACAUUGCGGGGAAUAAGGUAAUUUCAAAACCUCGGAAAGUAAAAAAACAAGUUUGAAAUCAAUUUAAGCUCGAAAGAAAGCCUCAAACCGUGCCCGACGUUCAUCUACCUGGCCAAUUUGCAGAGUUUUCCGGAAGGUUUUAAAAAGCUGAUUUUCCUUUUGGAAUUUUCUAACUUCAGAUCUGCGUUCAACCCGUUCACUCAAGCCGUUUCUGCCACCUACAGUGAGGAUAUUUCCGAUUCCUGGGGUUCUGGAUUCGCUGUCAGCGUUAGUUAUUUUCAUUUUCGUGUAUGAUAAAUCCAUUUCCAACUUUUUGGAUUUUACUAUUAGGUCCAGUCCAUUCUAGGCUUUCUAAUUGCAAGAAAAAAUUCUGCUCAAAAAUAUUAGAAAAUCAACUUUUUUUACUCACUUUUUUUCUAAUAUUUUUUUCGAAUGCUGAAUGUCGUCUCUGAUGGCUUAUUAGGCCUAAAAACUGAGAAAUUUCAGAGUAACUUUCGAUGAAAACAUUUUAACUAAAAAAAAUUUUAGGGCGUGAAUGCCCUAAAUUUGGCCGUUCGUCGUAAUUUUGACGCCUUUGCCGACGCUGUCAGUCAACACGACGGCACUUAUCAGCCUUUCAUCACGGCUUUUACUGUUGGCGGAGAAUAUGAUCCGUCGAAAAUUCGUGAGGUUGAAGGUGAAAAUUAGUAUGAUAUAUUGUUAAAAAUUUCAAUUUUAAUCUUAAUAUAGUCCGUUUUUUCGCGACUUGAAAGGGCGGGACCUCUCUGCGCCCUCCUCCUCUCUCAGCGACCCUCUCAAGUUGACUUGCUAUUUUCAUGUUUCUCUAACCUCCCGGGUGAGGGAACAGAGAGACGCAGACACUCGAAAACUGUCAAGUCGCGGCGGACGAACUAUACAGUUAAACUAUAAAAAAAGGCAGAAGCGAGAGAAAGAACAACACUUUUGAGAGAAGCCAGACAAGUAAAGAAAAUGCCUCAUUUCCUGGAAUCUCUUCCGUGUUCUCUCAUUUCUCCCCCUUUGAAUGAACUAAUACUAUCGUUCUCUAUUUCAAAUUCUACUCACUUUCAUGAUUUUUAAAACUUUUCAAAGAGAUUUUUACUUUCAAAUAAUUAAUCUUUCCCUGGCUUUCGAAAAAAAUAUUGACUUCAGGACAUAUGGAUCUUCCGAUUCCCGGGGUAAACGAGCUGUUUGAUUUGGACGGUCGUGGGAUUUUCAAAGGUUUUUCUUUUUAUACUUAACCUCAAAAUUAUGAAACACAGGGGGAGGAGCCUCUUUCACAAUCAUUGAACUGGAAUACCCUCUAACAUUAUCCGAUCCAGCCGAACGUGGAUUCUACGCUCAAAAAGUAUACUUUUCAAUUUUUAUUUCCAAUAUUUUGUCUUUUCCAGCAUAUCAACUGGGCGUCUGAUCGUCAUAUCGGAUUCGGACACGUGAUACCAAAUAUUAAUACUUUUGUGAUUCCAAAGGACAAAAUUAUGUCAAGGCUCAUUCAGAACCGCUUGAAUCCGACAAUGAUAGGAUGA